CUUACGCAAUAACCCAAGAGUCCGAGCUUCGAGCCUCGAUUCAUUCAUUCGCCGCGAACACCCGAACACUACGGAUCCGUACUCUACCUGGAGACCUUAUCUCCACCAAAACUUUCCUUGCUAUCGUGACCUCCAAGAGGCCGUAGCAUUACACAUCACCUCCGUCACCACCCAGACACGCUCCGUCUUCACUUCAAAACUCACCAACACACCACAAUGCUUGCAACACGAGCUCUGCGCCAAGCAGCACACGCCGCCGAGCGUGUGCCUCUGAUCAGAUUUGUCGGCAAGCGCCACGAGAUUCCUUCCAAGCUGGACCACAGCCCACAACCACACCCAGCCUCCCCAACCGGCUCCCUGCCUGAGGGUUUCGGCAAGAAUGCCAGCGGCAACUCCCACAGCUCCUUCAGCAGCUACCGCGACUCGGCACAGCAGCACGGCCCGCUGCGCAAGAGCGUCGGCUUCAUUGGAGGCACCUCGGGCCGCAAGCUCGGCCCCGUCGAGGCCCCCAAGGGACAAUUCUUUGAUCGCGACGAGCUUCCUGCUAGGUUCAGGCGGGCGCCCAUUGACCUGCUCGAGAUUGAGGCUGUCGAGAGCGGCGGAGCUGCUUUGUUCGGUUGAGGCCAUUCCGUCAUGGCGGCGCUUGGAGUCUAAGCAGCGCGACAGCCAUGAUCAUGACCAUGAUAUCAUGACUGAGCCGCUGAAGUAACGUUGCUAUGCUCUCGGGGAUGCCGUGCCGGACUGGGCCGAAAGAAAACGGGACAGCUGGGGGGAAAUUGACGAAGGGUGAACAUUAAUUCACAGGAUAAUAUUUGAUAGCAGAGUGGUAUGCAUCGCGCCCCGGAUAUGGAAAA